AUCUCGCCAUACAACAAUAUCGAUCGAUGUCGAAGAUGAGGAGAGUGGCGGUGAUAGGCGGCGGCGUAAGUGGGCUGGCAGCCGCAUAUGUUUUAGCAAAAGAAGGGGUGGAGGUGGUGGUGUAUGAGAAGGAGAAUAGCUUAGGCGGCCAUGCCAAGACUGCUCUCAUUCAUGGCACCCCUCUUGAUCUACGUUUUAUGAUGCUUGAUCGGGCUAUGUAUCCGGAGGUGAUGGAACUACUUGAGAGUGUUGGAGUUGAUACUGAGGCCUCUGACAUUUCAUACUCUGUCAGCUUGGAUGAUGGCCGAAGAUUCGGAUGGGGGACUGGAAAUGGACUGUCAGGCUUGUUUGCUCAAAAAAAGAAUGUCUUCAACCCUUGGUUCUGGAAAAUGAUAAGGGAGAUCAUUAAGUUCAGAAACGACGCCUCUCUUUACAUUGAAGAGAUUGAUAACAAUCCAGAUAUUGACCGGAAUGAAACACUGGGGCACUUUGUCCAAUCACAUGGCUACUCUGAGUUAUUUCAGAUAGCUUUUCUUAUUCCAAUUUGUGCUUCUAUUUGGUCAUGCUCUUCGCAAGUGAUUAACUUCUCUGCCUAUUUGACACUUUCAUUCUUGCGCAAUUACGACAUUCUGGAGCUUCUUGGCGUCACUAAACGGCUUACCACGAGAUGGCUUUCACAAAGCUACGUGGAUGGGAUUAAAAUAGAGCUGGAAAGUAGAGGCUGUCAAGUGAAGACCAGUUCUGAAAUAUGUUCAAUUUAUACCAAUGACAGGGGCUGGGCUGUUACAUGUAAAGAUGGCUUGGAAGAAGCAUAUGAUGGAUGCAUUUUUGCUACACAUGCUCCUGAUACUCUGAAGAUCUUAGGAAAACAUGUGACAUAUGAUGAACUAAGAAUACUCGGUGCUUUUCAAUAUGCCUCCAGUGAUGCUUUCCUUCAUCACGAUGAAUAUUUAAUGCCCAAAGUCCGAGCAGCAUGGGGAUCGAGGAACUUUCUGGAAACUACUAAUGGCACAACUUUUAUAACAUAUUGGAUGAACAAUCUCCAGAAUAUUAGUGAAUCUGGGGUUCCAUUUCUCUUGACUCUAAAUCCACCUCAAACACCUAAAAAGACUUUGUGUAAGUGGUCAACUAGCCUCCCAGUACCUUCAGUUACUGCAUUCAGAGCUUUGUAUGAGCUCAAUCUUAUCCAAGGAAAGAGGGGACUAUGGUUCUGCGGAGCAUACCAAGGUUAUGGCUUACCUGAAGAUGGAAUAAAGGCAGGCAUACUUGCUGCAAAUGGCUUGAUUCGAAAACAUUAUACUAUUCCACAAAAUCCCACGCGCAUGAUUCCGUCCUUUUUAGAAAGUGGGGCUCGUAUUCUUGUUACUAGGUUUUUUCAACGCUUUAUUGCUACUGGAUGUCUAAUUUUGAUUGAAGAAGGAGGUGAAAUCCUCACCUUUGAAGGUACAAGAAAAAAGAGCCCUUUAAAAGUCAUUUUGAGAGUUCGCAAACCCCAAUUCUAUUGGAAGGUUGCAACAGGGUCUGAUUUAGGUUUUGCUGAUGCCUAUAUUGAUGGUGACAUUUACUUUCAUGACACAAAUGAAGGACUUCUAAACUUUCUUCUCCUCACUGUUGCAAAUACAGAACUUAAUUAUUAUACCUCAAACCUGAACAAAGGAAGGGGAUGGUGGACAAAUUUCUCUCACACUUCUGUAAUGGCUUCUGGAAAAAAUUUCUUCAAGCGUGUUUCCAGGAAGAACACCCUAUCUCAGGCCCGCAAUAACAUCUCGCAGCAUUAUGACCUAAGUAAUGAGUUCUUUUCUCUUUUCAUGGAUGAAACAAUGAUGUACUCUUGCGCAAUAUACCAGAAUCCAGAUGAGGACUUGAAGAAUGCACAGCUCUGGAAAAUCCAUAUCUUGAUUGAAAAGGCAAGAAUCAAUAAAAAUCACCACAUUCUCGAGAUUGGAUGUGGUUGGGGAACUUUUGCACUUGAAGUUGUCAGAAAAACAGGAUGUAAAUAUACUGGCAUUACCUUGUCCCAAAAUCAGCUGCAAUAUGCGCAAUCGAAAGCAGCUGAAGCAGGCCUACAGGACCAAAUUGAAUUUCUUCUGUGUGACUACCGCAAACUGCCUAACAACUACAAAUAUGAUAGGAUAAUAGGAUGUGAGAUGAUAGAACACGUUGGUCAUGAAUUCAUGGACGACUUUUUUAAAUGCUGCGAAUCUUAUUUGGAUAAAAACGGUAUUCUUAUUCUUCAGUUCACUGCAGUGGCUGAUGAGAAAUAUGACGAAUGGAGACGCAGCUAUGGAUUUGGUCAGGAAUACAUAUUCCAUGGUGGAUGUCUGCCUUCUCUUAACGGAGUAAUAUCUGCAAUGGCUGCAUCAUCCAGACUCAGUGUGGUGAACCUAGAAGAAAUAGGAACUCAUUACUAUGAGACCCUCAGGGUUUGGCGCCACAACUUCAUCAAAAACCAGAGUCAAAUUCUGGCUCUCGGGUUUGAUGAGAAGUUCAUACGAACGUGGGAAUACUAUUUUGACUAUGCUGCAGCCGGAUUCAAAUAUUGCAUUGUUGGGAAUUAUCAGAUUGUAUUCACUCGGCCUGGUGAUGUGGCUGCAUUUGGGAGUGUUCCAUACAAUCUUCUGCCUUCUGUCAACUGAGUUCUCAUGUUGUUCUUUGGAAUAAUGUUACAUUUUGUUAAAAUAAUAGAUCCCAGUUAUGAAAUAUAAACUCUAACUGUGGAUCGAUGAACUCUAGUUGUAUUUUAUUAGGGGUGAUGCACGAGAAUUUUUGUCUAAAGAAUGUACUCCUUUUUCUUCAUUUACUGCAGUUAAACUGUAACUUUAUGAUAUCAGUAUAAAUGUGCCAGUUCUAUUAGUCAUCCUGA